GGGGCGUGUUCCCGGGCCCCGCCCCCUACGGCGAGUCGGAGGGGAAGAUGGCGGCGGCGGACGGCGGCGGCGGCGACGCGGACCGGGAGUUGGACGCGCUUCUGGAGAGUGCCCUCGACGACUUCGACAAAGCCAAACCCUCACCUGCCCCUGCCGCGCCGGCCACAGCCCCUGACGCCUCGGGCCCGCAGAAGCGCUCCCCGGGGGACACCGCCAAGGAUGCCCUGUUCGCCUCGCAGGAGAAGUUCUUCCAGGAGCUGUUCGACAGCGAGCUGGCCUCCCAGGCCACGGCCGAGUUCGAGAAGGCCAUGAAGGAGCUGGCGGAGGAGCAGCCCCAGCUGGUGGAGCAGUUCCAGAAGCUCUCUGAGGCGGCGGGGAGAGUGGGCAGCGACACGACGUCGCAGCAGGAGUUCACGUCCUGCCUCAAGGAGACGCUCAGCGGGCUCGCCCGGAACGCCAGCAACCUGCAGAACUCGGGCAUGUCCGAAGAGGAGCUGAGCAAGGCCAUGGAGGGGCUGGGCAUGGGCGACGGGGACGCGGAGGGCGGCAUCCUGCCCCUCAUGCAGAGCAUCAUGCAGAACCUGCUGUCCAAGGACGUGCUCUACCCGUCCCUGAAGGACAUCACCGAGAAGUACCCAGAGUGGCUGCAGAGCCAUCGGGAGUCGCUCUCCGCGGAGCAGCUGGAGAAGUACCAGGAGCAGCACAGCGUCAUGGGCAAGAUCUGCGAGCAGUUUGAGGCCGAGAGCCCCACGGACAGCGAGGCCACCCAGAAGGCCCGCUUCGAGACCGUGCUGGACCUCAUGCAGCAGCUGCAGGACUUGGGCCACCCUCCGAAAGAACUGGCCGGGGAGAUGCCUCCUGGCCUCAACUUCGACCUGGACGCCCUCAAUCUGGCGGGGCCCCCCGGUGCCAACGGCGAGCAGUGCGUGACCAUGUGAGGCGCCUGCUCCAGUCCUGCCGUGCCGCAGGGCGCGUCCCCCUCCCCCCGGGGUGAGCCACGCCUGUCCCAGGUGCACGGUGUCUGCUGCUGGCCAGGCUCCUGCCCAGUGGGUGAAGGAAGGGACCCUCUCGGACCCCCCCGCCCAGCACAGGCCUCACCCCCAGGCCUCUGUGCCUUGUCCUGCCCUUCUUUGGGUGGGGACCCUGGGGACCGGCCCAGCCUUGCCCUCUGCCUCUGGUACUCCCACGGGAGCACAGGGUGGACUGAGGGGAUGGGGAACAGCGGGGUGCUGGGCCCCCCUGCACUGUGUGAUCUGCCAGCCCGACCUGGACCGUCCACUGCCCUCUCACCUCCUCCCCAACACCGUUCAACACCAGGUCUCCUCCAAGCCGCCCUGUCCACCCGCCUGCUCCCAGGCCCCCCACUUCCCGGCCACUGCUGGCUGCUGCUGUCCAGCCCUCAGGAAGGGGUGUCCACCUGGAGGACAUGAGGGGACAGUCCCCGACUCGGGCUCUGCCCCUGAUUCUGGGAGGUGGGUUGGAAAGGGCCGGCGUGGGUCAGGUUGGUCCUCUAAUAAUAAACGUUCUAAUAAUAAA